CGCGGCCCGCGGGGUCACGUGGGUGGGGCGGGGCGCGGUCACAUGACCGGCGCGCGGGGCGGUGGGCGCUGGUGUCGGCGGGGUGCGCGCCAUGAGUUUUCUUGGAGGCUUUUUCGCUCCUGUUUGUGAGACUGACGUUAUUCUUAAUGAUGCUGAAACACGAAAAACUGCAGAAAUCAAAACAGAAGAUGGUAAAGUAGAAAAGCAUUUUCUCUUCUAUGAUGGAGAAUCUGUUUCGGGAAAGGUGAACAUCUCCUUCAGGCAGCCUGGGAAGAGGCUAGAGCACCAAGGAAUUAGAAUUGAAUUUGUAGGACAAAUUGAACUCUUCAAUGACAAAAGCAAUACCCAUGAAUUUGUAAACUUAGUGAAAGAGCUGGCUUUACCGGGAGAGCUGACCCAAAGCAGAAGCUAUGACUUCGAAUUCAUGCAGGUUGAGAAGCCGUAUGAAUCCUACAUUGGUGCUAACGUCAGACUGAGGUAUUUUCUCAAAGUGACAAUAGUGAGACGACUGUCAGAUUUGGUGAAGGAGUAUGAUCUGAUUGUUCACCAGCUUGCUACAUACCCAGAUGUAAACAACUCCAUUAAAAUGGAAGUGGGCAUUGAAGACUGUCUUCACAUAGAGUUUGAAUACAAUAAGUCAAAGUAUCACUUAAAGGAUGUGAUUGUUGGAAAAAUAUAUUUCCUCUUAGUAAGAAUAAAAAUUCAGCACAUGGAGUUGCAGCUGAUCAAAAAGGAGAUCACUGGGAUUGGUCCCAGUACCACUACAGAGACUGAAACCAUUGCCAAGUAUGAAAUAAUGGAUGGUGCACCAGUUAAAGGUGAAUCGAUUCCUAUCAGACUGUUCUUAGCAGGCUAUGACCCAACUCCUACAAUGAGGGAUGUCAACAAAAAAUUUUCAGUGAGGUACUUCUUAAAUCUAGUGCUUGUGGAUGAAGAAGACAGACGAUACUUCAAACAGCAGGAAAUAAUUUUAUGGAGAAAAGCUCCUGAGAAGCUGAGGAAACAACGAACAAACUUUCACCAGCGUUUUGAAUCUCCAGAAUCACAAGCGUCUGCUGAGCAACCUGAAAUGUGAACUGGUAUGAGGCGAAAAACUUUGUGAAGCUUCAGCAGGUUAAAGGUGGUUGCAGCCUGUGGGGAAAAGAACGCCAAAAUUCCCAUUACAACUGUCUUCUUCCAUCUUACAGUGCUGCAUUUACCAUACUAGUAAAGCGUUCUUCAGUUAAACAUUCAAGUAUGUAUAUACAUUUAAAAUAAAGUGCUUUCUCAAACACUGGAACUUUCUUAAGCUACUAUUUUAUACUGCACAUUUACUUUUAUUUCAUGAUGUUAUGUGCACUUGGAUAUGCAUACGCUUAAAUCUAGUUACUACCAUGCAUGGUAGGUGGGUAUAUUUGAUUUUUGCUGAUCAUCUAUACAGUGUAGACUAAAGCAUUUCUCUCCAUGUUGUUGCAUGUUUCUUUCCAAUGUUGCAUAUUUGCAUUUGUUUUGUUUUGACUAAAUCACAAUUGACUAAAUCACACAAAAUCGAGGUUAAAGGUGAGUUUGUCCCAAGACUUCUAAUUACGGUGUUAAACAGGGUUUAACUGAAACUGCACGUAGAUGCACUGUGACUGUGAUAACUGUGGAGCCUUCAGCCACCUUACCAAGGGCUCUAAGAAGCUUUGAAUCUGUCGGUAGGACGUUAGGAAGCGUCUCUGCCCUCUCUCCCUGUCCCACUUCUCGCUACCAUCCCUCUUUCAAUAGUCGCUCCUGCCAUUGGUGACUGUGGAGAUGUCAUGAUUUCACCUUGGGGUGCUGAGCCCAUCAUGUAUUUGAAUGUAACAAUGAAAUAAAUGCUGGAAACAGUGAUUAUUUUGCAAAUACACGAAACUGUGGUUUCUCCUGGCUUCAUGCUUUCGCAGUCUCCUCACUGUCCUGAGAGGAAAGGCAAAAUGUCCUUGAAGGACAUCCUCCUAGCUAUGAGGGCAAACAAGCUUUUUGUGGUCUUCUGGAAAGGUAUUUUGAAGUCUGUCGAGCCUUAAAACUGUGAGAAGCUCGUCUGGCAGAGCAGAUCGUUUGUCUUAAUCAUCUGUUAGGUAUCCAAGUUUGAAGAUAUAGCUUAAAGGAGUCAGCCUUCCUCUGUUCACGGCUGCACAGGCGUCUGGCAGAGCCUGCCGCGAGGAAGGCUUCUUGUGCUGGUGGUCCCAAGGCUUCUCGCCGCCGGUGCCAGGGGUAAGCUUGCUGUAGGAGUGAGGCAGCGCCGGGAUAAAGCGGGUCUGGACUCUGUUCUUGGCAUCGUGCCGCUGUCUGAGCCAGAGCCGCUCCACCGCCCUCCUGUAAGUGCCUGUUCAGAAACCUAACGAAUACAGAAUCGAGCCAAAUAUUUUCAUGGUCACUUGCAUGUUGUAACCUGGAAAUGAUUCUAAGGCAUUUGGACAACUUGAUUGUAUGUAACCGACCAACGGGAUCCAAUCUUUGGAUUAUUAAACAGCUCUAUUCUCACUAAC